AUGAUGAAGAGAGUACAUUUCGCGUCGUCCUUGGAAUGGGAAGGAACAGGUGACAUGGUUGACGAACGUUUAUAUAAUUCUACCGCGCAACAAACGAACGAUUACGCGCAUCUGCAACUGAUAAAUCUUCCCGAUGUUUGCUUAGAGGCGAUUUUGUCUAAUCUCUCCUACGAUGAAAUUUCUAAAUAUAGGAUCGUUUGCAGACAGUUCGAUCGGAUCUGCAAGAAGCUGCUCAACCGUGGCUUCAAUCUCAUGGAGAAAUAUCAUGCACAAUGCCUCCGCACUGUCAAAAGCAAGCUGCCGAGAAGGGAGUCGGAGCGACGGAGCCAUCCUCUUGCGCGUCAUUGCGAUAUCUUGACGGCAAUAGAAACGAGAAUCUCUAUGCUAUCAAUGACUUUUAUCAAAUAUGUUGAUCUGAACGUUUGUUGCUUUAUACCAGGAAAGGUAAUUGAUGAAAUUUUCCGUGUUCUUCGAUUGAUUCGAGAGACAAAGACACCACCUAGAGCACAUGAGAUACUUCAGGAACUACGGGAUAUAAGCAGUAUGGCCAUGGAACAUUUUGAUGAGAAAAUCCUGCCAGAUCUGAAACACAACAUUUGCACAUCCAUGGUUGGUACUGUAAAUUCAUAUGAUUUACCUGGUGGCGUCAUGAUCUCCCACGGUAGGAACAUAAAUAACUCUACACUGCCACAUUGCAACAAUCAUAAUAUAACCUGCUCCGAGAAGCUUAACCAGACUUUUAAGAAGAUUAAUGAUCGUAUGAAAAAGAACAAAAUGUUCUUUCUGUCUAUGAAAAAUGAAAUUACUAGAAUGAGACUCAGGAUACAGAGACAAGAGCAUCUGGUGCGACAUCAAAAUUUGAAGUUACAUAAACAGGCAAAAAAGAUACAUGAUCAAGACACACUGUUAGCUGAAGUGCGAAAACACCUCGAGGAAUGGGAGCAGAAGAUGGUAGAUUUGACUACCGAAGUGAGUCGUGCACGGGAAGGAACUCAGAAUCCCGAUUCGUUAGAAAAUCGCAAACGAAAAACACAUAUUAUCAACACCGAUGCCGAGCCGCUUCAGCAGACGAACGAAUUGCAAGCCAAGAAACGCAAGCUCAUAGUAGAAAGAAAAACGUCAAGCGACGCGAAAGAUGUAAAGUUCAAACAAUUUAUGUCGAAUUUACUUUCGAAAUCUACAUUAGAUGGUUAUCUCAUUGAUUCAUCAUGUCCGCGCUAACUUGGCCCAUUUUACAUUAACAGUUCAGGUGUGAAGGUUUUUGCAGAAUUAUACUCUUUAUAAAAUGCAUUUUUCAACUGUUGUGGCGAAAUAGAUAUAAUGAUUACAACGUAC